ACCAAUGAGACCUGCUUAUUGUGGACCUCUAUAAAUGUAACAACCUGAGACGACUCUCAGCCACGGCCAGAGUGCUUCAUUUGGUGACAUUCAUAGAACCACCAGUGUAUCCUCUGUGCUGUCAUACUACUUCUCACUAUAAACACAACACAUCAGAGCAAGUUCUACUUUUACUAAAGUAUUGUACAUUUUUUUCAAGAAUUAAAAGAAAACUAAAGAAUCAACAUUCAAGUGAACAGAGUAAUAAUCAAAAUUAAAAUGACAAAACAUUUUUGAUGUGUUGUUAUUAUUUCACAUGUCAUUCAUGACUUCCAGAUUCCUUCACUUUCGGCCUCAAUCUUCUCUUUGCCCAGCUACAUUCGUUGGAAGUCUUGAUUUCACCAUCUCAAGUUUUUUCCUCUGUCUCUUCACGCUCGAGGACUAUAAAGCUGCCUAAUGCCUCUUCCAAACUUGUACAGUAUAAAAGAGGUUGGGAAGUGCCAUUUCAAAUGCUAAACUCUGCUGCAUACAUGAAACUAUAAAGAACCUGACAUUUUACUACUACCAGGAAUGGGAAUAUCUGCAAGAAGCAAGGAAGGAGAGGUCACAGUGAGCUUCAAGAACGACAUAAAUUUGAAUGAUUUCUAUAAGCCUGAUAAGUUAGUUGUUGCUGCUACCGAAGAAUCGACUAGCUGGAAGAGAAGGAAGGUGGGAAAUCUGAAGCUCCAAACCACAUUCUCAUUCAAAUAUAUGGUUUCAAAGAAUUGUGGUUCAAAGGAGGAAGAUGAGGAUUUGUUCAACAAACAAAACCCCAAAGUUAUGUUACAAAAACCAGAACUAAUGUUUUCUCCAACUUCCUCUGCCCAGCUUGAUUUAGCAACAAUAAAGCUUCAGAAAGUUUACAAGAGUUACAGGAUUAGAAGAAAUCUGGCUGAUUGUGCAGUUGUUUGCGAGGAGCUAUGGUUUGCUCAAAAGUGGAAGGAUUCAGUGAUUACUGCUAACAGGUGCUUCAUAUCCCAUUGUGACGAUAAAUCAGAAACAGCUAUUUCUGAUAUAUGGGCAAAGGCUAGGAUGAUGGCUGCUAAGGUGGGAAAAGGUUUGUCCAAAGAUGAUAAGGCACAGAAAUUAGCACUAAGGCACUGGCUAGAAGCUAUUGAUCCCCGUCAUCGUUAUGGGCACAAUCUUCAUUUCUACUAUGAAGUCUGGUUUCAUAGCUUGAGUUACCAACCUUUUUUCUACUGGUUGGAUGUUGGAGAUGGCAAAAAAGUAAAUCUUAAAACAUGUCCUAGAAGCCAAUUGCAGAUGCAAUGCAUAAAGUACCUUGGACCCAAAGAGAGGGAAGCAUAUGAAGUGAUUGUGGAGGGAGGCAGGCUUGUUUAUAAACAGAGCCAGAAACUUGUACACACUACUGAAGAAUCUAAGUGGAUUUUUGUCCUUAGCUCAUCUAGAAUUUUGUACGUUGGACAAAAGAAUAAAGGCCAAUUUCAACACUCUAGUUUUCUAGCUGGUGGUGCUACCAUUGCAUCUGGAAGAUUGGUUGCCCAAAAUGGAGUUCUUCACGCUAUAUGGCCCUAUAGUGGCCACUACCGUCCAACAGAGAAGAAUUUUAUGGAAUUCAUUUGCUUCUUGGAGGAACACAAAGUGGAUAUGACAAAUGUAAAGAAGGAUCCAAUUGAUGAUGAUGUCCCUCCUUCUAAACCUCUAAAUGAAGAGCUGCCAUUUGGGUACAUAGAAGGUAAUGUGGGUUCCAAUGCCUCUACCACUGCCAAUAAUCAUGGUAGAGAAAAUUUGGGUGACAUUGGUACCAAUGUGGAAGGUUCAGUUGAAGAAAACAAGCCAAUGUCAAACAAAUGGGCAACUGGAUUUGGUCCUAGGAUUGCUUGUGUGAGAGAGUAUGCAGACAAAUUCCAAGUUCAAGCACUUGAACAACUCAAUCUUUCACCAAGAGUCAACAAUGCGACAUUUGCAGGCAAAGCACCCAUUCCCUCUCCAAGGCCUAGCACAAAACAUUUGUCACCUAGGCUUGUCAACAUGGGACUUCCUAGCCCAAUGCCCUCUUUAGGGUUUAUGGACAUUCAAGUUCAUGGGCACUGCUUUUUCGUUUUAGCAUUUAAAUUUGGACAGUUGGUACAUAAUACAAGAUGAUAAAGGCCACAAAGGAGCUAACCAAAAAUUUGUUUUUUUCAUUUGGGUUUUUAUUGGCCAAUUUUUUGGGUCAGAUAGUUUCUGUUGAAUUGAUUAUUUUCCCCUCCCCUUAAACGCUUAGUUGCUUAUCCAAUAGUGUUAAGAGGUCGGUUUGAUCAUCCAUUUUUGUAUAAGUCAUAUGACAUUUGAAAGUACAGUUAUUAUUUUUUAACCUCUA